AUGUUGCAUCUACACACAGAUGCUUUUCGCAGCCAGCAACAUGGGAAAGCUGGAAAACUGAUGCAGAGAGCGAGUGCAAGCGCCGUCGACAUGUCGAGAUGUUUGCUUUCUCUGAGAGGAGGCGCAGCAAAGAGGAGACAACCAAGACAUAGACUUGACAAUGCUGAGGAUAGUUCGAGCAGCGAGGACGCCGUGAUCCGAAGUUUGCACAGGAGGAGGCAGCUUUCUAAGAAGAAACGAGAAUGCUCAGACUCAGACUCCCAACAGAAUCAUGGCGGUAAACACGACAUGCACGGCAAUGAAGAACAGAAAGGAGGCUAUGGGGGUUGGAUGAUGAUGAACCCUACGGUGGUGGCCGAAGCUGGGAAGGGUGCUGGGAAGGCAGCAGCGGGAAAAACGAGGAGUUUGCGCGCUGAAAGUAGCAGGGAAGAGAAGCGAGCAGCGAGAGAGAAGAGAAACGAGACCUUGUCGAGAGCUGUUCCCUCUGGUCCGAAGAAACUGUCCAGAGGAGGUAGUAAGGAGACGGGAAGAGGAGCAGGGGUCGUGAAGGAGAGGAGGGAGAGGAGGGAGAGGAGUUCUAUCUAUGAAGAGUGGGCGGCAAAGUCAUGGAAAAGCUGCUUCUUCUACCGCAAGAGUGCGAGGGUGGAGUCAAGGUACCUCAACGAGAGCUUAAAGCGCGAUCUCAAGCGCAGGAGGAGGCACUUCAGCCAAGGCGGGAUGCUCCUUCAUAAGGCAGUCGGGUCGGUUACCAACAUCUUCGAUCUGCUCGCUACUCUCUCAGUCCGGGUGAUUCCGCUCGAGGUUCAGGACUACAGAAUAGAGUGGAAAGAUCCCAUGCCUUUCUUCGAUUAUGAUGAGAAGUUCCGCAUGGAUAAGAUCAAGGUUGAGAACGUUUCUUCGCUUCUCUUCCCUCGCUACUAUUUGCCUCGUGUAUCUCGUGCUCCUGCUCUCCACUCCACUCCUCUUCCAUUCUUCAACUUUGUCUGCUCAAAGAUCAUUGUCUUCCUGCUUGAAGAUGAAUGUCAUGGAGGGCUAAGGGAGUCAAAGGACAACAGGAGGGCAGUGAAGAGGUUAAGAUGGAGGAGAGAAAGACAGAAGGGAGGAUAUCAAAGAGCAUGA